ACUUCGUCGGCGGGGCGUGGGUGUGAGCUGAACCGCUCCGGGACCCCGGCGGUUGGGGUGAUAGAGGAGAGCAGCCUACUUGUCCACACAAAGGGGAGGGGACUGAGAACUUAAGCCUGCCUCACCCCGCAGCGGCCGGGUCGCUAUCAUGAGGUUAAAUGAGAACACCUUGCUGCUGGGGAAGAAGGUGGUGCUAGUACCUUACACCGCAGAGCACGUGCCUAGGUACCACGAGUGGAUGAGAUCGGAGGAGCUGCGGCGUCUGACCGCCUCGGAGCCCCUGACUCUGGAGCAGGAACAUUCCAUGCAGCGGAGCUGGCGGGAGGAUGCGGACAAGUGUACGUUCAUCGUGCUGGAUGCAGAGAAGUGGCAGGCCCGGCCUAGCACCACUGAAGAGAUCUGCAUGGCGGGAGACGUAAACCUCUUUCUCACAGAUCUGGGGGACCCCUCCCUGGGGGAGAUUGAGGUCAUGAUUGCAGAGCCCAGCUGCAGGCGCAGAGGCUUUGGCACUGAGGCUGUUCUCAUGAUGAUGUCUUAUGGAGUGACCAAACUAGGUCUGACCAAAUUUGAGGCUAAAAUUGGGCAAGGAAAUGAACCGAGUAUCCGGAUGUUCCAGAAGCUUCACUUUGAGCAGGUGGCUGUGAGCAGCGUCUUCCAAGAGGUGACGCUCAGGCUGACGAUGAACGAGCAUGAGCAGCAGUGGCUUCUGGAGCAGACCAGCCACAUGGAAGAGAGGUGCUAUGGAGAUGGGUCAUCGGAGUCCCAGUGACAGCUGGCUUUGUCAGCAGCUGCCCUGUGUGAAUGGGGAUGCUGGGACCACACAGAACAGCAGAGCUCCGUAACAGAAGGUGAACUGUUGGGGGCUCCGGGGCACAGUGCACCUGGCCCCUCUGUAGCCUGCGACGCUCCCUGUGGGGCCCUUCUGACU